GGUCUGUUGAUAAAAGAGAGCAGCGUUGGCACAUUUCAAACGAUUUUCUUUGUUCCAUUUGCAGAUUGAUAUUAAGGAAAGAACCUCCGUAUCGUCUAGUGAUGAGUAAACGGAAACAUGACGACAGUGAAAACCCAAAUUCAGAAUAUAGCAAUUUCUUAAUGGAGCUGGCUAACUAUGAAAAAAAUGUGAACAGACAGAUGCACAAAUUCAAUGCCUAUCGAAAAGCUGCAGCUGCUAUAGCAAAACACCCUACACAAAUAAAAACUGGAGCAGAGGCUCAGAAAUUAGAUGGAGUUGGAGCAAAGAUUGCUAAAAAGUUAGAUGAAUUUAUAGGAACUGGAAAAUUAGAAAAAUUAGAAAAGAUAAGAGCAAACAGUACAAAUACGGCUAUAAAUGAAUUGAUCAAAGUAACAGGUAUUGGACCAGCAGCAGCUCAGAAGUUUGUACAAGAAGGAAUAAAAUCAAUAGAAGAUUUAAGAAAAAACACAGAUAAAUUAAAUCAUCAUCAGCAAAUUGGUCUAAAACAUUUUGAAGAUUUUGAAACCAGAAUUCCAAGAAAAGAGAUGUUAGAACUUCAGGAUCUUGCAUUACGAGAAAUUCACAAACUAGACACAGAAUAUAAUGCUGAAGUAUGUGGAAGUUUUAGAAGAGGUGCAGAGACGAGUGGUGAUAUAGAUGUACUGUUAACACAUCCAUCAUUUACAUCAACUUCUAACAAAAAGCCAAAAUGUCUUCAUGAUGUAGUUAAACAAUUUGAAGAAGUAGGCUUCAUAACAGAUUCAUUAUCACAUGGGGAUGCUAAAUUUAUGGGUGUGUGCAUACUGAAGAUGAAGGUUGGCGGUGAGGAACCUAAAUACAGGAGAAUUGACAUCAGAUUGAUUCCCUUUGACCAGUAUUAUUGUGCAUUGCUGUAUUUUACUGGCAGUGACGUUUUCAACAAGAAUAUGAGAGCACAUGCAUUAGAGAAAGGAUUUACACUGAAUGAAUAUACUCUUAGGCCACUAGGUAGUACAGGAACUCCAGGAGAACCUCUUCCAAUAACUUCUGAAGAAGAUAUAUUUGACUAUUUAGAAUAUGAAUUUAAAAAACCAUGUGACAGGAAAUAACAGUGUAGAUACUUACAACACAAUUGUGACCAAAUACCUUAACCACAUACUUGACAAAGAAUGAAUGGAAUGAUAUGGUAUAAAGAGAAGAUUCCCAUAAAAACAUUAAACCCCUCCCUCAACUGUCUUUAGUGGAGCAUUGUUAAGAAGCUUUGUUGCUUAAGUUUUCUGAUUUAUGAGGUUCUUAUAUGUAUAUUUAUACCUUGACUGUGCAGUGAAUGUAGAAUUCUUAUUAAGUUUAUUAUGGUGCUGUGUUCAUGUUUAUUUAUUAUCAUAUUCACUUUUGAAUAAUCAUUGUCCACUUUCAUUUUCUGCAUCUACAAAAUAAAACAAGAGUUAAAAAGGGGUAGAUACCAAGAAAGCAAUCUAAAGCCAAACAUUAUGGUAAGAUAUGUAGGCAAACAAACAAUAGUCUACAUAAUGGUAAACUACAUUUACUAUAAGCAAACCCCACCUUAACCUACAGCUAAUCUCAGCUGAUCACAGAGGGUGAACAAGUUCAUUGAAGUCAAAAAAUCCAUCUUCUUGAUGAUCAUAAGUAGCACCUUUAAGUUGACAACCUUAUUAGAUUAAAUUAAAUGUUUCUUACCAUAUAACAAUCUUUUCCUAAAUUAAAAUCCAGUCAUUAGUGUCAACAUCAUUGCCGUGUGACUGACUGUAAAAGUGGGUUAACAUGGCUGAUAUAAUGCUUUACAAAGAUUUUCAUUUUAAAAAUAAAGAAUUGCAAAAAUAUUCCACUGCAGGUUUUAUAUUUUAUAAAGAAUUCCCUUUCAUAAAUAAACAAUCACAAGGUUGUAUAUGUUUUACUUUUCAUAUUAUUAGGCAGCAAAGUUAAAUAUAUAUGUGUUCAUGCUGUUUUCAGUUGUAUAUGUUGUUGUUUGUUUGUUAU